CACAAACAAUUAUAAAAACGUAUACUUAGGCACUAACAAUUAGUGCCUAUCAAUGCAUGUGGCCGGACAUCAUCUUCAUUCACUAAAAUAAUACAAAUGACUUGAACUAGUCUAGCUAAUAAUUUACUACCAAACGGACCUAAGCCAGAACCUUCAUACCUCGGUACCUGCGCAUGGAAAGCUUCGCAAAGGGAAACCUUUUAAAUAUCUAUAUACUAGUACUUGUUAUAUAUAUACAUGCUCCGUAUAUAUUACUCCAAUAUAUACUUGUCCCAUCGUUUCUACGAAACCCAAAGAGGAGGCCGACCAAGUUCUAGUCACCUACUCACCUCCCCUCCAUAGAUAAGAGAGAGAGAAAAAUGAGAAACGUGAGAAAGAUGAAGGAGCUCGCCGGAGAAGAGUCACACGAACGUCGGAGAAGGCCAGACCGUUGCCGCCGCUUUCCAGAGAUAACGCUGUUACCUUUUGCCGGAGAAGGAUACCACCACUGGACGCUGACCAUUGCGACUCCGCCCGUGUUGACCGGAGGGGGAAACAAAAACGUACCGGAGAUAGGACCAAAAAUAAGGGUGCUGCCUAUUGUGUUCGAGGAGGGGCAGAGAAGGAAAAGAAUGCAAUGGAGUAUUUGGAGCGAAGAGAAUGCGAAUAUGAUCACAAAUCUUCAAUUGAUUUUUUCACAGGACAAGAUCAUGUUUAUCCUAUUCACAGACCCUGCUGUAACUGGAGUUUUGGUGUCUAUGUCAACUCUAGACAAAGUGAAUAACAAGUACUACUUGGGACCUACUCCAAUGGAAGUAAUGGCAAAACAAAUACCUACUACUUUUGGUCCUUGCGGAAACAACAGUGAGUAUAUUUUCAAAAUGGAUAUCGGGCAUGAGGAUAAGUACAUAGUGGAACUUGCAAAUGAAGUGAGGAAAGCCCUUGGGAUGGUGGGAGUUCCGGGUCUGCCAAAGGUAAAGAAGAUCAUAAGCAUUGGCAUUGGAAGCAACAUUCAUCCACCCCUCCAACUCAACAAGUCACUACACUUAUUCCCCUUCAAAUUUGUCCCUCACCAGAAGCUAUUGUUCCCAUAGGAGCUAAUUCUAUCAAUUCUAUACGCGUACCGGUCUGGCCAUCCGUCACGUUAGAUAAUAAUGAAUCUCUAACGGGGAAGUUCAUUUGAAAAAAAUGAACAUUUGAAUUUCAUUUUAUCCAUAUUAUCUUUAUUUGGAUGUUGUUGCAAGUUAAGUUUAUAAUAAUGAUUAAAGUCCCGGGUGAUUUUUAGUUUUAUUUCUUUUCAAACUAUUGUUAUUCCAAUAAAAACAGGUCUCCUUGGAAUUA